CAGUAUUAUCACUGUGAGGCCAUGCAAUACUCAUUAAGCCUAGCUUUUUAUGUUUGAGAAACAACUACUGUACUACAAACCAAAAGCAAAGAUAGCACUUGAGACUAAUUUAUAUUGGGAUUUUUACCACUACAGUUUGCAAUUUUUAUUACCGGUACCCAUUUGUAUUCCUGGGUGAAGAUAGACAACCAUAUAGGUAAAGUGCCUUGCCUGAGGACACAAGCGAAGUUCACAUCACAGCGAGGGAUUGAACCUCCGAUUGACGUAAAGUAAAAACAAUGGGAUCAGUGACAAUAUCUAGAGGAGCCUUUACAUGUGUAAUAUGUUUAUCAGUUAUUUCAACGUGGGCUCUAUGUUUUUUGACAAUGUCGAUAUAUCCUUUAGAUCUAUCAAUUGUUAUGAAACAUAAGAGUUUUACAGAACCGAAUCUAACAAGAAGGUUAUCUUUUUUCGACAGAACACAUCGAAUAAGUGAUAUUAAGCAAGCACUUGAGACUGAAUUUAAUAAGCACAUUGACUUAGUAAAAGUAUUGCAGUUGCGGGCUAACAUUACCGAUCGUAGGUUGUCAUCGAAUAUGACUAUCUUGAUACCUCCGCACCAACAGGACGGCGGAAGGGUGAAGUUUUACCGAUACAAAAAUAUGAAAACCCCACCAAAAGGCCUACAAUUUAUUCCCCAGCAACGGACAUGCGCAGUAAUUGGUAAUAGCGGUAUUCUUCUGAAUAGUAAAUGUGGUGCUGAAAUCGAUGCUCAUGAUUUUGUGCUAAGAUCAAACAUGGCGCCGAGAGAAAAUUAUACAGACGACGUAGGAAAUCAAACUGACGUUAUGACGGUCAAUUCUAUGGCAACCAAAAUAGCUCUGAAGUGUAUCAUGGAUAAUACAUCUUCUUGUUAUUCCAAAUACUUGGAUAUAUAUCGUUACUUAAAUGGGUCGAUCCUCUGGUUCGCAAAAUUUGGUGUAUCAGCCAAGAGUCAUUUACAAUUUGUAAGCUUCUUUAUGAAACACAAUUUAAAUAUAUUAAUUGCUCAUCCGCCCAGGUCUCUGAAGGGAAUGAUUGCGAGUAUGUGGGAUAUGUUGGAGCAGCGUUACAGUCCAUCAUCCGGGCUAUUUUUAUACACUGUGACGGUAUCGAUUUGCGACAAGAUAUCCCUAUAUGGAUUUUAUCCAUUUAAUACCGCUCCCGAUGGCAGAGAAUUGCCAUACCAUUACUAUGAUAGAUAUACUACAUUUAAGUCUGGUCAUAACAUGUCACAUGAGUUCCACAAACUGGUAUCGUUAAGUAAACAAGGAUACUUCAGAAUGGUAACUGAUGAAUGCGUUGUUUAAAUAACUGGAUACAGCAUUUAUUCAAAGAUAACGCCCCUUCGAAUAAACGUCUCUUCUAGAGCAUCAUUUGGAAUAAACGUCUACCGCGAAUAAACGUCACCCCCAGGCGUUUAUUUUUUUCUCGAAUAAACGCCCCUAAUGGAUAAACAAUUGUAAUGGAAGCAUGCAACAUUUUAGUAUGUUCUACUAUAUAGUAGGAUCGAUAAGUCAUGAUCUCACAGUAACACAUUUUGACGGUAAAAUUUAUAUUAAAAAAUGUUAGUAGAACGUAAUCAGAAAAAUAGAAAAAAAAGUACAUAGGAAAGGAACAUAUUGAAACAACCUCAACACACCAUGAAUACAAUUAUAAAGAUUCAAAUUCAAAUUCAUCUUUAUUGCAAUCAUAAAAAAAUAUAAAGAUUGGAUAUUACAAACUCUAUCAAAACAAUUAAAUACAUUCAAAAGUAAAACAAGGACAAGUACUUUCGAAAAAGGUCAAAAAGGUACAUUACGGAAGAUAACUUAAAUAUGAAAUUUUUAAAAUAGAUGAAAAAAAAACAAGCAUAAUUGUUUCUUAAAAUUAUUAUAUAGAAACAUUAUUAAAUUUAUUUAGAAAAAUAGAUAUGAUAUAAAAAGGAGCUUAAUUAUAUUACAAGUUUUACAUUUUUUAAAAGAUAAAAAGAGCAAUCAAAAUUUACAAACGAGGAAAAUUAGUAUUUUACAAUUUCAGCAGCAUUUGAUCAAGGAGAGUAAGCAGCGAGGAAUCAUCUACCAGUGAUUAAAAGCUCCAUAAUUAAUUAUAAAUUUCUUUGAUCUUUCUGUUUUUACUUUAGGCAAAGCAUAUUUCAGUUUAUUCCAUAGUUGAUAUUGGUGAGGCGGCGCAAGUGUUAGUAGAUGAUUUAGUCGGUACUCAUUCUUUCUGAUAAUAUCUCUUACAAAUAUCAGUCAAUCGGUCAGAGAGACGGGGAAUGCACAACAGAUUCAAAGCAUGAUCAUAAGAAAAGCCUGGGAGAAUACUUCCUACAGCUCUACGUUGUAUUCUCUCAAUUGAUUGCUGUUGCUCUAAAGUGAGACCUGUAAAGGGGCUUGCAUACUCCACUACUGACGAAUCACACUACAGUAAUAAUGUCGAAAUUGUGUUGCAUUUCGAAAUCACAGACGUUACCUGACCAUCCCACCUAAGAUCAUUCUGAACUAUAAUCCCUAACAAUUUAGUUUGUGUUACACUUAUGAUAUCGAAGCCAUUUACUUUUAGGGGAGGGGGAUCAAAUUUAUCACGUUUAAAACUAAUAAGCAUUUCUUGUGUAUUUUUCUCAUUUACUUUCAUUUUAUUGUAUAUGUAUUUGACCAGGUGCAGAUCUCAUUACAUACUGUUUGAAGUGCACUCAUUUGCUUUUUGGUGAUUCUCUCAGACACAGUAGUAUCAUCCAUAUAUUAGUAAGACAUCACGAUAAACUGACCCUUUUUAAAGAAAAUUGAUUUUUGUCUUUGUAAAUACUUUUUUAUGGAUAGUUUACAGUACUGCAUAAAACCUAUUAAAAUAGUAAGUUAUGAAUGAUGAAAUAUGAGAAGAAAUAAAAGUGGGACAACCCCACAAAAGACAAAACAAA